AUGGAAAACGCGUCAAAACGCGUCAAUCGAGUUUCCCUGACGCGUGGUGAGCGCGUGCUCGAGAGUGGUUUCAUCCCUCAACGACACCCACCGCCCGACUCCUUUGGUUCAUUCUCGCAGUCAAAUCCAACAAGCCAAAAAUAUCUUCCCCAUUGCGCCCAAGCAUCUCGGCUGCGAAUCGCGGCCCAAAUCCUGUCAACAGGAGAAAACGGUCCCGCGAACGAGAUGACGAUGUUUCCUCAGCACCUCCACCCUCCAGCCGUGUGUACCUUCUGCUUUAUAUCGCGCAGGACUUUGGCUAACGGGUUUCCAGCCCCCCCCUCCUCCCCUCCACUUCUCCCCAUGGACGACGACGAGGACGAAGACAUCGCACAGGAGGAAGGAUUUCGAGACAUUGACGACAUCGAUGAGAUGGCCGAAGAUGAAGACGGGAUUGACCUUUUUGCUGACUCUUUCGAACGCGAUUACGAGCUGCGCGAUGGUGACAAUUACGAAACAGCGGGGAUCGACGACGAUGGGGACCAUGAAGAACUAGAUGCUGCCACCAGGCGGAAACUAGAAGCCCGAUUGAAUAAGCGCGAUCAAGAACUCGCCCGAAGAAGGAAAAUGCCAGCAGCAUUUUUGCAAGAAGACGACUUUGAUGCGAUUGACCUAUCCCAACUUCGAAGAGCCAGACACAACUACGAUGAAGCGCGAUCGGACAUAGAUAUGGACAACCCGGACGAGGAACUCACGCUCGAAGAUAUGGCGGAUAUCAAGGCCGACAAUGUCACCGACUGGGUAGCCUCUCCAGCCGUGCACCGCGCCAUCUACCGAGAAUUCAAGUCCUUUUUAACGGAAUUCACGGACAAGGAUGGGAUUUCCGUCUACGGCACUGCCGUGAAAAAUCUUGGUGAAGACAACUCGGAAUCGUUAGAGAUAUCCUAUCCCCACUUAAGCGAGGCGAAAUCGAUUAUAGGCUUCUUUGUUGCCAACGCCCCUGCCGAAGUACUUAGGAUUUUCGACACCGUAGCCAUGGAGGCCGUUCUACUACACUAUCCCGAUUAUCAGCGCAUCCAUAGCGAGAUCCACGUCCGCAUUACUGAUCUCCCCGUCAGAUACAAUCUCCGACAGCUGCGACAGAGUCAUCUCAAUUGCCUUGUCUGCGUAACGGGCGUUGUUACUCGAAGAACUAGCGUGUUUCCUCAGCUCAAGUAUAUCAUGUUCAACUGUACCAAGUGUGGUGUGACUCUCGGUCCCUUUGAGCAGCAGGAUUCGUCUUCUGAGCUUAAGAUCAGUUACUGUCAGAAUUGCCAGGGCCGUGGGCCCUUCACUCUCAAUUCAGUAAAGACCGAAUAUCGGAACUAUCAGAAGCUAACCCUGCAGGAAUCCCCUGGGUCAGUCCCCGGAGGACGGCUCCCACGCCAUCGUGAUGUAAUUCUACUGGCGGAUUUGAUCGACGCUGCGAAACCUGGCGAUGAGGUUGAGAUCACCGGUAUCUACAAAAAUCAAUAUGAUUUACCCAUGACGAAUAAAACAGGGCUACCCGUAUUCAGUACGAUUAUUGAAGCAAAUCAUAUAAAAAAAUCCCACGACCAACUAGCAUCCUUUCACAUCACGGAGGAGGACGAGGAGAAAAUUCGAAAAUUAUCCCGAGAUCCAAAGGUCAUUGAGAGAAUCAUCAACUCCAUCGCUCCCAGUAUUUAUGGGCAUGAAGAUAUCAAAACUGCAAUCGCGCUAUCGUUGUUUGGUGGAGUCAGCAAGCAGGCUCAGGGGAAAAUGAAUAUCCGUGGAGAUAUCAACGUCCUAUUACUUGGAGAUCCCGGUACUGCCAAAUCCCAGAUGCUGAAAUACGUCGAAAAGACCGCACAUCGGGCCGUUUUUGCGACAGGUCAGGGUGCCAGUGCUGUCGGUCUUACGGCGAACGUCCGGCGAGAUCCAAUGACCAACGAAUGGACCCUGGAGGGCGGCGCGUUAGUCCUCGCGGAUCGGGGAACGUGCCUUAUCGACGAGUUCGACAAGAUGAAUGACCAGGAUCGGACAUCCAUACACGAAGCAAUGGAACAGCAAACCAUUUCAAUAUCCAAAGGUGGUAUUGUGACGACGCUCCAGGCCCGUUGCUCUAUCGUCGCUGCGGCCAAUCCAAUCGGCGGCAGAUACAAGGGAACUAUUCCUUUCUCCCAGAACGUAGAGCUCACUGAGCCUAUUCUCUCCCGUUUCGACAUUCUCUGCGUCGUGCGUGAUACUGUCUAUCACGCCGAAGAUGAAAGGCUUGCUAAAUUCGUCAUGAACUCUCAUUACAAAUCGAAUCCCCUUCGCGACUCGCAGGGAGAACCAAUCCCACGAGAAUGCCGCCCCAAGCUAUACCAGAUCGACCAAGGCAAAGUUGCAGAUGUUUUUGCGGAUAUGAGAAAGGAAAGUCUAGCAACCGGCGCGUAUCCUAUUACGGUUCGCCAUCUUGAAUCCAUCAUGCGUAUCGCGGAGUCAUUUUCGAAAAUGCGGCUUGCCGAAUAUUGCACGUCGGCGGAUAUUGAUCGCGCUAUUGCAGUGGCUAUCGAGUCGUUCGUGGGUAGUCAAAAAGUUAGCUGUAAAAAGGCCCUCACAAGAGCAUUUGCAAAGUAUGCUCUUCCUGCCCCUACAUUCUUCUGUUUGUGUGGACGAUGGCUGAUGUUUGGUAUCUAG